ACGCGCGCGCGCGUCCACGCUCCGACGGCGGGGAAGAGUGACGGAGAGAGUGUGCGCGGCGUCGAUCGAUUUCGACUCGCGGUCGGAGGUGGAAAAUCGCGAGAGAGAGAGAAAGAGAGAGCGUAUGCCGACGCCGUUGCCGUCGCGAACGAAUUUCUGAUCAUCGUCGAACGGUGUUAUACGCCAGUGACAUUUGCACUGCGGCGCUAUCGACGAAACUCACUUGGCAACGUCGCCCGUCGACUGCUCUCUCGCGCUCACACACACAUAGGAGCGCGCGCGCGCGCGCAUACACGUACCUAGAAGGGAACUUGGGGUGGCUGGCUGGUUGGCUGGCAGGCAGGCAGGCAGGCAGGCACACAGACAGGCAGGCUUAGCCUAGCGGGCAAGCAAGCAGGGCAGGCAGGCAAACAAGCAGGCAGGCCGACAGCUUUCUUGUUCCGAGGACGGCGCUCCUGGUCGUGCCGUCUCUCUUUUCUACCUCCAUUGCGCUUACUCUUCCUCUCCCUCGACCCCUCGCUACCUCCCUCGUCCUCGCUCGACCGAAUCGUUCUCUCCCUUUCUCUCUGCCUCCCUCUCUGUCAUCUUCGUCUCUCUCUCUCUCUCUCUCUCAGUCUUCCCUUCGCGUUCACGCCGCACGUACCGUUGAGAGUCUCUCCCUUCCCCGGUCUUUCUCUGCCUCUCUACCCCCUCUCCUCUCCUAACCUCGAGCGGAUCGGACGAGUCCAUCGGGCUUGCGAGGGGAGCUCGGCAGACCUCGGCCCUAGUCGGCCUCGAUCCGCAGAAUGCGUUGGACGCCGCGAGUCGAUUCGCUCCGGUAACCGUAUAACCGCGACCCGUGAACGCGGCACGCACGUCGCCGCGCUUGCGAGAGCCGUCGCGCGUUACUUGUGCAUAGCCGCGAGCCGCGGCGGCCCUUAUCGCUGCCAGUUUACGCGUUCGAUUUGGACGCACUCGACGCAGCGUAUAUCCGUGCGACGGCCAUGUUUGGUGUUUACGACGUGAGGGGGGAUCGCUGACGUCACGCGACUCGGGACACAGCCGAUCUCGCCCGAACGAAGCGGCGACUGCACGAAGACGGGACGAGCGACAGCAGCACCAGCAACGACGGGAAACGUGGUGCUGUACCGGCGGCGCAACCGAUAUAUUCGCGCCCGCGCACAACGUGGACAUAAUCUCACCACUGUCGGUGUGGUCAUCGAUAUCGGACGCGAAAGGAGAAGACUAUUCGUACGGCGUGUCGCGAAGUUGCACGAACACUCGCACGGAGCCGCACACGCCGGGCCAAGCGUCCAAGUUCGGUCCUUUUCCGAUGGGAUCGACUUGACUCGCUGCACCCGCCGGUUCCGUCGCGACUACUGGCCUUUCAAAAAACAUCGCGUGCAUCUCCACCACCACCACCAUCUACUACUCCUCCUCCUCCUGCCGCUUCUCCGCCUCUGUCGUUGCGCCGUUGAAAUAGCACCCCUUUAAACACCGGGCGGCGCUUUACCGCGCUCGAAACCGCGCUGCCAAACAGCGCCGAGCGAUGCGUAGUAGCGUUGUCGAGUUAGUCGACGGGCGAUGACGUUUCCCGGCUGACGACAGACGGACGCGAGAAUCGCUUGAACCGAAGCGACCGGUCGCGCGCAAGUUCGCGGAUCGACGAGAACCCGCGCCACGUGGUGAUCGCGCACGUGUCUCUCCUCGCGCGACACUCACCAGUGUUGCCCGCGUGUUCCGGGAGUGCGAUCGGAGCCGACGAAGUCGCUCCUCGCGUUUACCUACCCGCCUUACGUACGACGCACAGUGUAUUUGCCGCCGGACGACUCUCCGUCUCUCUCUCUUUCUCUCUCUCUCUUUCCGAUCUGAUCGAUCUCGUUGCGCAGGUGUGCCGGUGGUACAUAUGGUGUUUCGCGAAAUACAUCGCGUAAUACGCAACCACGGAUUAAACAGCAGCCUUUGCACCCUUCGGAAUCUUGGAUACGUGGAUUGAGAGGAUCUCCCGACGAAAAGCCAUGGAUCUGGGUGACAGGGUCUACGCCGCGGAACGGAUCACGAAGAAGAGGGAGAAGCGGGGCAAAGUUGAGUACUUUGUAAAAUGGAAAGGAUGGAGUAAAAAAUACAACACAUGGGAGCCGGAAGAAAAUAUCUUGGACGUUAGGUUAAUCGAGCUGUACGAGGAAAGUCAAAGAGGCGGAGAUGUGUCCACCAGGAGGCCGAGGCGAAGGGACACUAGAUAUAGCGAACAGGCGCUGGCUAAUCUCGUCGUCGAAGAGGAGCCUGGCGGGGAUGAGAGAGUGGGCGAGGAUAGCCAGGACGAAUCGACGACGGGUAGCACAUCAGCGCCUCGUUUAAAUCCAGUUGCGCCCGACGAAGACACGUUGCCGAGUUCCUUGGACGGUCAUGAGUCCCCGACACCGCCGGAGCUGUCCUCGGCGUUCGCCGUUGACUCCGACAGUUCCAGCAGUAGCAUGGAUAUUCCUUUGUUGCCUAGAAGAGAGCUCGCGGGCACCAAGAGGAAGGCGGAGGUGCUCAGCAAGGAGUCCGGCAAGAUCGGCGUGACAAUUACCACCAGCAGCCCCAGUAGCGGCAGUGGUAGCCCGCCACCGAACAAGAGUCACAAGUUCAACGGUAAAAGGCCGUCGUCCUCCAGCGUGAAGUCGACACCGGAGGAGCCGCUACCGGCGUUGCCGACGACACCGGCGCCUGCAGUGCAGGACAAGAAACGUCCCGAAGCCGACGUACCUCAAGGCCCGCCGCCCUCGUUGCCGCGCAUCCCGUCCGCCCCGUCGUCCCCUCAGAUCGACACACCUCUGGAGGAAGUGCCGUCGAAGAAGAGGCAUUUGCAGGAGCAGAAGCAGGAGAAAUCGAACGGCGCGGUGGACGCGAACGGUCACAAGUCGCCUAGUCCCACGGACUCUUACACCAACAACAACAGGUUACCCACCGUCGUGAACGGUCACCACAGUCACAACAAUAACAAUAAUAACAACAAUAACAACAACCACAACAACAACAACAAUGCGCCGAACAUGAAGCAAACCGAAAUCCCCAAGUCAGAGACUAUCUACGUGCCACUCUCGAGUCCCGACACGGAUUACUGGCACGCGAGGAAUCCCGUAGCGGAUCAAGUGUUCAUCACAGACGUUACCGUCAAUCUGAAGACCGUUACCAUCAGGGAGUGCAAGACUGAAAAGGGUUUCUUUCGCGAGAGAGAUCCCAAGAACGAUAAUAUCUAUUAACGGUCCUGUUCUGUCUGGCUAAUCUAUUCAGUGGCCCGUCUGUGCGCGCGGAACGGGAUUCCCGCCCUGAGCUGUAUCUUGUACCAUUGUAAAUAUAAAUUAUUUUCACACAUCGGGCAUCAAGCCGGAGGGUGUAAUCAGCUAAGAGUUAAACUUUUGAUAAUGACGAAAAAUAUGACGUCGCAGUGUCGCGAGGACGAUGAUCGAGCAUCAAGCGGGGGGAGGUCCGUCACAACUUCACGCUUCAUCGGGUUUUCUCGAGAGCGGACGCUGGUUGGUUUCAUCGGCCGAAGAUGAGGGAAUCGUUUUUUUCAAGCUGAAAAUUCAACUGUGCGCUAGAUGUAAAUCGAGUCUGUGUAAAUCAUUUGUAAAGACAUUGGUGAUGACACGUCGUGGUUGGUACGGCGAAUUUAAUAUCGACUCCACCGUCGUAUCGCGCGAUAUACAUAUAUAUAUAUGUAUAUAUGUAUAUGUAUAUUGUAUAUUUUAAAAAUGCUUAAUAGAUUUUAACUGCUGAAGAUCUGGAAAUUUUUAGGGGAUACUACAUCUUUUAGUUAAUUUUAUUAUUUGCUUGUAUUAGGAGGGAACUUCGCUAAGGAAAUGCUAUAAAUAAAAAUUGUUCGAGUUUCGUUUUUACUACGGAAAUAUAUACAUAUACGAGAUAUAUACUUAGAAGAAACAAAAGGUAUUUUUCUAAUUCGUUUUUAGAAUAUCGAAACUGCUUCGGCUAAAGCGAAUUCGGGGAGAGAUAUUCCGAGUUUUUUGGAGAAAAAGAAGAGAAAGAUAGUUUUCAACAUUACGAUGUCGUAUCCUAUUUAUCGAUAAAGUCUUAUUAUUCACAGAAAAAUGAGAUGCCGCGAAAAUAAAAAAAAGGGAAACCGAUGCACGCACGUGCUCGUAUGUACAUUCGACGACUUGACAGUAUUUUUAAUAAUUUGCAAUGUGUCUCUUUGGUUCUCGAUUUCGUCAUGAGGAGCUGAUUGACACGAUAUCGUUUGCCGACAAAUGCAUUUCCGCGUUGUUGAAUAUUUCGUUUAAAGGUCUCCAAUUUUCACUGCAAGUUUUCUUACCUCGAAUAUAUAAUCAACUAUUUUUUAUUUAGUGUAGGAGACAAUCGCGCAGGUCAAUUCCGACGCUCACGAGAUCGUUUGGACGCACUAAUGCGCACUAGCAUAGAGGGUUGUGUAUUAGUUAAUUGAGGUUUACCGAACUCCUUCAUUCGCCUUGAUAUCGUACAAGUUGUGUUUAUCUUUUAUUCUCGUUUUUAACUUCGCACUCUCUUCAAGAUUUAUUGCUAUCGAACUAUCAAGAGCAUAUAGAGAUGUUUUUUUCGAUACAUUAUGAUUCAAAAUUAAUAAAUUGAAAGUAAAUUGAAAGGAUUGUGUUGACUCUCACGGUAAAAAUAUACAUAAAUAAAAUAUAAAAAACAUUUUGAUUAAUGAAAUAUGCGGGAACUACGUAUUUGAACAAUACGGUAAUAUGUAAUUGAAUAUCUCGCUAAUCUAAGAUUGUACAGAAUGUUCUCUGAGUACCCAGCCACACUCAAAGGCGAUUCUUUGCUUCAUUUCAAGUAAACGAGUUCUUGAGUGUGGCUGGUAUUUAAGGGACACCCUGUAUAUGAUAUAUUUAUGCUUUCGUAUCUCUUUGCACAGAACAACUUUUAAUAGUGCGCAAUAGUGCAUUCAAUGUGCAGUGGGUUUUUAGUAAAUCCGUUCUAUUUAUAUAUAUUUUAAAUAUGAAACACGCCGCACCGAAGGGACGUCUUCGUCGACGACAAGCGAGUGUCCCGAAAUGUGAAUUCGGUACAAAACCAAAUUCUAAUACGUAUUCAAAGCUCUUUACACGCUAUUCUCAGAUAUAAUCUAUUUUUUAGUGAUGCUGCAACACACUGUGCAUUUUGCGCGCUUUUUUUCAGUAAAAUCGUGAAAUAAAUCCAUAUUGUAUACACAAUUAAAUUUAUAUAUAUAUAUACGUAUAUAUAUAUAUA